AUGUCGAGCUGUCGGAGGGUCGCAAGGCCGCUUGCACAGUCCCUACGACAAGAACGGCUACUGCAGAGCUCGACCACGCACUUCGCCCGGUCCUUCUCGCGGAGUGCAUCUCGACAAGAUGAAGUGACCACCACCACGCCUCCCCCUUCCUCUACGACACCGCCGCCGAUAUCAUCGACCACCUCGAUCGACCAGCUCGAGGCCGCAGCCACGAAGCCGCGCAUGCAGGAGCGUCUGCUGGACCCGGACACCACAACAGCCCACUGGGCCGAGCGCAAGCUCAUCCGCAUGGGCACGCCCCCGGUCGGAUCGCGACGUCGUCGAGCCGCCAUCCGAUCCUCCGAGAACGUGCCCUUCGAGCAGCUGCCCUACCAGGCCUUCCAGGAGGCCCGCAAGGUGCUGCAGGAAGACCGCGAGCAGAAGGUCCGCGCCAUCGCGACCGAGCUGGCCAAAAUCAAGCGCCUGGAGGACACCCCCGCCGACCAGGUGCCCGGCGGCGAGCGCAAGAAGAAUCUGCGCCUGGCCAGCUUGAGAAAACACGUUCAGGAGCUCAAGAUUCUGGCGGAUAUCAAUGAUCCGGUCGUCAAGCGGAAAUUCGAAGAUGGCUUUGGGGACAUGAACAAGCCUAUCUACCGUCACCUUGCUGAGAAGAAAUGGCGCGGCAUGCCAUGCAGGCUGAUAACACAGCGUAUCUCGCAGCUGGCUAUCGUCCCUGAUGUGCUGCCCAAGUUUGAGCCAGUCGCUGAUGUCCAGCUGUUCUUCCGUCGGAUCAAGGUGGAGCCUGGCGAGAUGAUAGACUCGCGCGUAUCAGAGGUACCUCCGCGCUUGAAGGUCCAGGUCUUCAAUGCGGGCGAGCGCCUUGUCUCAGUCGUGGUGAUGGACUCUGAUGUUCCCAACGCCGAGACGGACUCUUUUGAGAGACGGUGUCACUACCUCGCAGCCAACGUGCCUAUUGGUCCCGACCAACCAUCCUUGCCCCUUGGUAAAGUCGACAAGGAGACGCAGCUGGCUGUUCCUUGGCUGCCGGCCUUCUCUCAGAAAGGCGCACCCUACCACCGAUUGUCUGUCUUCAUUCUGGAGCAGAAGCCUGGAGAAACCAUGGAUAUCGCCAAACUGCGCGAGCUAUACAGCGGCCGGGAUGGAUUCAGUCUGAAGAGCUACAGAGACAAGUUCGGCCUCAACCCAGUCGGGUUCAACAUUUUCAGAACCAUCUGGGACGAAGGCACCGCUGGUGUCAUGGAGAGAGCUGGCGUGCCGGGUGUCGACGUCGAGUUCAAGUUCAAGAGGGUCUACUCCCUCAAGGGAGAGAAGAAGGCCAGGGGCUGGGAGGCAAAGAGAUCCAAGCCCAAGUACAGGGGCUUGUGGAAGUACAGCAGGAAUAUCCACGGUAUGAACCGCAAACGGUAG